AUGUUCGGUAGCAGCGCCAAAUCAAGACCGAUAAGCUCAAAAUGCCGACAGAUGCCAAAAGGUAUUGCAGAAUCCCCAUCUUCAAUCCACUCGAAGCUCCCCUCCUCAUCAGCAAUCAUACACCUACGUUCGGCAAGUCAAGACAACUGGCAUGUGUCGAUCACUGAUCCGUGCCCACAACGGAUGAAUGCACAUACUCAUGGUUGCGAAGCCUCCAAUCACACUCCAAGGGUUGAGGCCAACAUGUUUCUUGGAAUCGCACUUAGCAACAGCAACAAAUCAAAUUGGGGAGCCCAAAUUGCCAUCAAUCUUGAAAAUACAUAUGUUCUACAGAUUCCCACCAUGAAUCGAUAUCUUUAA